CUGUAUCAGUACAAAUCCAUUAAAACAAAUCACACUCCUGCUCCACUUUGCUUCUCUUUAAACGGUGCCGUUUAAAGACUGCAGCAAACAACUGACACUGAGAAAAUUAUUUCUUCUUGUUCUUGGUGGGUUUUAUUCUCUGGUUUCAAAGUGCUGAAAGUUUCACCCAGUCGAUGAAGAAUUGACUUGUGGAGUGUGAAUUCGGUCGAGUUCUUUGAGUAUGGAUAAAGUGUCAGCAGAUUGUCCGUACCCGGGAUGUUUUUUCUGUGUCAUGAAAGAAGGAAAUCCAAGCAAACGUAGAGCGAGUAUAUUGAAAUUUUUCAGAGAACUUCCUUCACAAGAUGAUGAUGGUCAGGUUCUGCCUAUUAGUGGUCUUUGGAACACUGCCAUGGCACAUCCUAAUGAUCCUGAGUUCAUUGAGUUAGGAAUUUUUGAAUGUAUGGCCGCUCUUAUAUGGAAGGGCUUAAAGAAUAGACGGUGGCUUUCUCAUGAUCAAAACAUAUAUAUUCCGUACUAUGCUGCUCAUAUAAUCGGAUCUUACACUAUGAAUAUGGAAGAAUUUGCUGAGAGUGCUGUCCAUGCUGGUGUAAUUCCUCCGCUGGUUGAGCUUUUGAGGGGGAGGCUGACAUGGGUAGAACAAAGAGUUGCAGUACGCGCUCUAGGUCACUUGGCUACAUACGCCAGCACUUUUCCUGCUGUGGCAAGUCAAGGGGAAAUCCUUGAGCUUUCCAUUCAACUUGGGAUAAGUUCGUUAGAAAUCGUUUACUCGCAUUUUUACCAGUAUGUGGAUAGAAGGCUGAGCUAUCAUUGUGAUUUGCUUACUCGUGGCAUGGGAGGUGUCGAGAUGGAGUCCAGAAAAGCCGAGGAAUGGGCAAGUCAGUUGCAAUGCUGGUCACUUCAGCUCAUUAAUUGCUUUGCUUUCAAACCUGAGUUUCUUCCCACCAUAUGCAAGCCUGAAUUCUUAGUAAAAUUGCCCGGCAUGUGGGGUGGACUUGUCAAUGAAAAUUCACCUGCUGGUAUUGGUUUAUUAAGAACAAUCUGUCAUCACAAACUUGGUAGGGGACCUGUUGCUAGCUGUCCUGGUAUAAUUGAGGCACUGUGCAAUAUUGCUCAUUCAUCGGAUGAUUGGCAGUAUAUGGCUAUAGAUUGUCUACUAUGGUUGCUUCAAGAUCCAAGUACAUGCCAUAAGGUAAUCGAUAAAGCAGUACCUGCCUUAAUUGACCUUGCAGACAUCUCAGUUCUGGGUGAUCACAAAAAGCUUGGGGAUACCAUUGUUAGUGUUCUUCAGGAUUGUAUUCAAUCACAAGGAACAGGUCGUAACUCUAUGAGUAAUCGGACAAAAGAACAGAUUGAGGAGCUUUUAAAUUCAAAACAAAGAUUAAAAUGGGAAAAGAAUAUGCCAAAAGAAGAUCUACAUAUUAAACAGGCAGCAGCAUUAGUGGUCAAGCUCGAAGGAAAUUCCCUAUUUUCAUCAGGUAAUAUUUCAGGAGCUGCGUCAAAGUAUUCUGAAGCAUUGUCGUUGUGUCCAAUGAGAUCCAAAAAAGAGAGAGUUGUUCUGUACAGUAAUCGAUCUCAGUGUCAUCUUCUAUUACAACAACCCUUGGCUGCUAUUAGUGAUGCUACACGUGCGCUUUGUCUCCACAACCCUCUUAACCGUCAUGCAAAAAGCCUUUGGAGAAGAGCUCAGGCUUAUGACAUGCUGGGUUUAGCUAAAGAGAGCUUGUUGGAUGCUAUUCUUUUUAUUAAUGAAUGUUCUCAGUCAAAUGAUCCUGACCUGUGUUUGAGGCAGAAUAAAGUUCCUGACUAUGCUGAGCGCCUAGUAAAGAAGCAGAUGCGAGCGGCCUGGUUAUUUAGAGAGGCAGCUAUUAAACAUGGAGGUGUCCAUGGUGAGGGUGAGGGUGAAAUCUAUGGCCAGGACAGUGAUGAUUCAGAAUGGGAAACAGCAAGUGAAAGUGAUAUAGGAAAUGAUGGACGAGAUGAAAUGAGCGAUGAUGACGAUGAUAGUGAAUGGAAGAACGAGGAUGAGAGGAAAGAUAAAUAUGAUAAACCAUCAUUAAAAGACAUAAAGCAUGGUUACAAAGUGCAGCUCGAGGAAGACGAGUCUUGAGACCGGAAGAGAGAUAGGUGAAUUAUGAAAUGCCUUACAACACCUUCAGAAUGAUCACUGCAUCUUGCUCCAUUUCUUGAAAAGUUCAAUAGAAAUUUGUGAGUCGUCGGUGUUUAGAGUCUAUAGAGUAUAAAAAACAACUGUUCCAUAUUGAAUUAUUUCUUUUAAUUUUGCAAGUCUUCUUUGUUUCUUUCAACUGUAGAAAAUGGAAAAAAGGUUUUGAGUGUAGAGAACAAUUGCAGCCUAGAGGAUGUGAAGUUUCAGAUUUUGAUUAUUUUGAGUGAUUAAAAGAGUUGUGUAUAUAAAAAUACCUUUGAGUUUUUCAACUGUUGAUGCUAAAAUUAUUACAGUA